CUACGAUCCGCCAGCUUUCACCUGCUCGUACAGGACAUGUCCAACCCCCACACUUUAGGGCUGUGGAAUCUUGCCUACCGUACGUUUCAUCAGACGCUGGAAGGUCAUAUUGAUGGUCUGGUGGCAUCAGCAAUCUCACAUGGCGGCCAGAUAAUUGCAACUGGGUCUGAUACAGGUAUAAUGAGGUUGUGGAACAUGGCUAUGAGUAGGGCAGUGCCAUCCCAAAAUAAAAUGUGUGAGCGCCCUCCUCACGAUGACCUGCUAGCAUCGUGCUCUUACCUUGGCGAGGUCGAAGUGUGGAAUGUACAAGAUGGUUCGCUAGUUCACAAUCUCGAGAAUCUUCACCCUUUGUCGGUAGAAUUCUCAUGUAAUGGUCAAUUUGUCGCCUCUUGCGGCUGGGAUGGCACAAUUAAACUCUGGAACUGCGCUUCAGGAAAAUUAGAGUAUCACCUGAAUUGUGUUCAGACUCUUUCGUUCUUACCCAAUGGCGAACUAAUCUCUGAUUGGGGCGAUGGCUUUGUACGCCUGUGGGAUUUACGGGUCGGCAAUGGAGACUCAACCUCUGUUUCCCAUACUUCCUCCAUUCUUUCUAAUCAUCCCUUGUCCUGUAAAUCCAACUUGGUUCUCUUGGUCACACUUGAUGGCGCAACCCUCUGGGAGUUCUCCACAGGCACUCCACAGAACCAGCUCCAGGGUCUCGAAAAUCCCAUUACUGGCCCUGAAAUCUCUGGCGACUGCCGCCUUGUUGCAGCAUUUGCGGAAGAGACAAUCAUGGUUUGGGACACAGGCAGUGGGAAAUUGAGGCAGGCGUUGAAGUCGGAUGUUGACGGCUCAGAUAUUGAGUGUUACGCCAGUAUAAAGGCUGCUUUCCGGCCAGAUCAUUACAUGGGCCCUUGA